CUAAUGCGCUUGCACAAAACUACCGUCAGGAUGGUGGGGCCGAGUCUAGCAAGAGGUUGAGGACACCCAGAAGCAUUCAUGUCAUCCAUCCCAUUAUUCUGAUCAAGGGCCUGGGAGAAAUCCUGAAAACACCACAGCAAUGGCCCGGGGAUUGGUGGACGAAGUCCUCGGCUCCGUCGGAGGGUGGCGGGAACGGCUUCAGGGUUUGUUUGUUCCCUGAUAAGGGGCGACUUUUAGGCUGGAACCGUGCUUGA